CUAAAAUGAUUUGUGGUGUAGUGGUAGAAUAACCAUAUACUAUUGAGGAAUUAUGGGUUGAGUAAUUGAUGCAGGCAAAUAUGUGGAUAUUUUUCUUACCCCAAAAGUUACAUGUGGCCUGGAACACAUCCAAUUGGCUCUCCCUCCGCCUAUGGUCGACACCUCCUCUUCCUCCUCUCCAGAAAGGUUUUCGUCAAUUGGAGUGACAUGCAAUGAUAAAAAGAAGAGACGCCAAGACACACCCAUUAUGAUGAUCUAGAAUUCUACAGAUCCUAAUCUCUUAAGAGCACAGUCAAUUGAGGUACUACAGUUUGACAAGGCAAUUUCAGAGUCUUCUUCAUCAAAGUUGGGAGGUGAAAAUCUCUCAUACUUACAGGAAAAGCAACAAGACGAUCAAUUUUCUGGCUAAUAGAGGUCAUGAUGUCGAUAUAGAUUAUCAUAAUUUCAAUAUUUCCGAUAUAGGUUUGAACGACGGGAACUUGUAUGACACUAUGAGUCUAUGACUAUGGACAUUGACAAAUCACAUUUAAUUUAAGUAGCAAGUAUGGACUCCCUUUUAGCGUCCCACUUUCCUACAAAAUAUUAAUAUUAAAUAGAUAAUUUAGAUUUUUUUAUUCAUCCAAAAAAUAUGCUUGUGAAACGACAUCCGCAUCAAAACCAGGCAAACUCUUUGAUCCACGUGGCGUCAUGUGAAUGGAUGAGACACUCAACCACGUGCAUCUAAGUUAGGCCGCGGACUGUCAACGUGGAAAUAAAUGAUUGGUCGAAGCUACGUGGAACAACAAACUAAAGGUCGAUAGUUCGUCUACCUGACGCCUUCGUGGAACUUCGGUUUUCUUCUUCGCUACAAAAUCCGAACUGAAAAAUUCCCACGAAAUUGUCGAGCUUCUUCGUGCUCCUCUGCUCUUCUUCUUCUUCGGAACUUCUAAGAAACAGAGCAGAGUGAGUUCAUUUCCAUGAGAUUGGAUCCGUAAUCCCGAGAUUGCUUAAAAGCUGCAGCGGAAGGAGAGGGAAAGGAGCAAAAAGAAAGAAUGGUGAUGAAUCUGGCUAAUUAUUUUCUGGCGCGAGCAAGGGAUGGAGUGGCAUGGAGAGGACUGGUCUACACAAUCUUCAUUCUGCAUUUCGUAUUCGUUUGCCAGCUUCUGCUUCUCCAGCCUCUCGUCUCCGCUUCUGAUAGUAAAACCAAAAGCGCUGCGGAGUUGUUCGAGAGGGUUGCUCAAAGUGUAAAAGUCAAACUCUAUAGUGAUGCACUUGAUGAUCUAAAUUCUGCCAUUGAGGCAGAUCCAACGCUUUCAGAAGCAUAUUUUCGGCGGGCCUCCAUUCUUCGUCAAAUAUGCAGAUAUGACGAAUCAGAAAUAAGCUAUCAAAAGUUUCUGGAGCUAAAACCAGGGCAUUCUGCUGCAGAAAAGGAGCUCUCUCAGUUAAAUCAAGCAAAAAGUGCUUUUGAGUCAGCCCUAACUCUUUCUAGUUCCGGAGAUCAUUCAAAAGCUUUGGAGUUUGUUGAUAAAGUUGUGCUUGUUUUUUCACCUGCCUGCUCCAAGGCUAAACUACUUAAGGUGAGGUUGUUGUUGGGAGUUAAAGACUUCUCUGCUGCCAUCUCUGAGAGUGGAUAUAUUCUGAGGGAGGAUGAAAACAACCUAGAGGCCCUCCUUCUCCGUGGUCGUGCCUACUACUAUCUAGCAGAUCAUGAUGUCGCCUCAAAGCAUUAUCAGAAAGGUCUUCGUCUUGAUCCUGAGCACAGCGAACUGAAGAAAGCAUAUUUCGGGUUAAAAAAAUUGCUCAAAAAGACUAAAAGUGCUGAAGAUAAUGCGAACAAGGGUAAACUUCGAGUCGCUGUUGAGGACUACAAAGCAGCUCUAGCAUUGGACCCCGAUCAUAUUGCACAUAAUGUCAAUCUUCAUCUGGGUUUGUGCAAGGUCCUGGUCACGCUUGGCAGGGGUAAGGAUGCAUUAAAUAGCUGCAAUGAUGCACUUAAUAUAGAUGAGGAACUUCUUGAAGCUUUAGUUCAGAGGGGUGAAGCAAAACUUCUAACUGAGGACUGGGAAGGAGCUGUUGAGGAUCUGAAAUCAGCAGCUCAACAAUCACCACAGGAUAUGAAUAUUCGUGAAGCCCUGAUGAGGGCUGAGAAAGCUCUCAAGAUGAGCAAACGCAAAGACUGGUAUAAGAUAUUGGGCAUAUCCAAAACCGCUUCCAUAGCUGAAAUCAAGCGCGCCUACAAGAAACUUGCUUUGCAGUGGCACCCUGAUAAGAACGUCGAGAACAGAGAAGAAGCAGAGAAUAAGUUCCGAGAAAUUGCUGCUGCUUACGAGGUAUUAGGAGACGACGAGAAGCGAGCUAGAUUCGACAGAGGAGAAGACGUUGAAGACAUGGGGAUGGGAGGUGGCGGUGGCGGUUUUAACCCAUUUGGCGGCGGUGGUGGUGGCGGCGGCCAGCAUUUCUCUUUCCAGUUUGAUGGAGGCUUUCCUGGCGGGUUUGAUGGUGGAUUUCCUGGAGGAGGUGGCGGGGGCGGUUUUCAGUUCCAUUUCUGAGUUCCUUUCCAAGGCGGGAAAGAGAGAUGUCGUUUCUCCUGAUCCAAUCGCGCUUUACUCUUCGCCUCUGUUGCGCUACAAGCACUAACAUGACUCACCCUGACAAAAAAAAGACGGCCUCUUAGACAGAUCAUCAGAACUGAAUCAUAAUAUAGAGAACAGAAAAGUUUUGUUCCGAAAGGAUGAAUUCAUGAACUUGUUUCCGUUCUUUCCCGUUAAGCUGUUGAGAGCUAAUUCAAUUAUUUACCGUCUCAUUGUCAACCAUCUUACUACCACAACUAUUCCAUUACUAUAGGAACUGGCUUGUACCCGGCGGAAUAUUUAGGUUUUAUUAUAGGCUUAGGUUACUAUACAAAAUAAUACGAAACCCUUUCCAUUUGUUUGUAACUAAAAAUCUUAUGCCCAAAACUAUAAAUGAGAGAAAUAAGAGUUUUGAAAUAAUUGAUUGGAAUUUUUCAGCAGGGAUUUUCAAAUGUGCUAAUGAGCUGACUGCUGACCAUAUCUGAUUCGACCGGUAUGGAUUUACAAAUGUGCUGACCAUAUAUAAUUCGUUUUACAUUGGAUUUGAAAUCCUAUUGGAUAUGAAUAUUAUAAUAUUUUUACUCUACAAGAAGAUACCCAUUGAUGCGAGCCUCCAAGGUGUACCGAUAGGGAUGACAAUUAUCCACCCACGAGUAAUUUUACCCAAAUCAAAAUAGAUCCAUUGAUUAUGGGUAGGAUAUGGGUGAAGUAUAUAUGGUUUUGGAGGGUUUUAGAUGGGUUUGGGUAAGAUAUAUUAGGUACUAAAUCUAAAGAUAUAUUAAGUUUAUGUUGAAGGCUACGAAUCACGAAUUCAGCCUGAUAAUAUUCUUUAGAGAUGAAUAAGUCUAUUAAACAUCGAUUCAGCCAGAAUAUUUCCGGGGCCAUUUUUGGCAGAUUUCAAAGAGGUACCAUCACCGAUUUCAGGCGAUUUUUUGGAAAGACCGUUUUCCUUGGAUUUCGAAGGCGACGGAUCACAGAUGUCCUUAGGGUAAUCUCUACCAAUGAUGAAGUCUACUAAUCGCCGAUUUGGGCAGAAAUUUGGUCGAACUUUUUUGGGGGGCAUUUUCGUAAAUUUUCAGCGAUAUUUUUGAAAAGCCGUUUUGCUUUGAUUUUGAAGGCUACGGAUCACGAAUUCAGCCUGAGGCUAUUCUUUAGGGAUGAAUAAGUCUACUAAACAUCGAUUCAGCCAGAAUAUUUCCGGGCCAUUUUUGGCAGAUUCCAAAGGGGUACCAUCACCGAUUUCGGGCGAUUUUUUGGAAAGGUCGUUGUCCUUGGAUUUUGAAGGCGACGGAUCACAGAUUCGUCCUUAGAGUACUCUCUACCAAUGAUGAAGUCUACUAAUCGCCGAUUUGGUCAUAAAUUUGGUCGAACUUUUUUGGGGGGCAUUUUCGUAAUUUUUUUGUGGUAUUUUGGAAAGGCCGUUUUGCUUUGAUUUUGAAGGCUACGGAUCACGAAUUCAGCCUGAGGCUAUUCUUUAGGGAUGAAUAAGUCUAUUAAACAUCGAUUCGGGUGGAAUAUUUCCGGGGCCAUUUUUGGCAGAUUCCAAAGGGGGUACCAUCACCGAUUUCGGGCGUUUUUUUGGAAAGGUCGUUUUCCUUGGAUUUUGAAGGCGACGGAUCACAGAUUCGUCCUUAGGGUACUCUCUACCAAUGAUGAAGUCUACUAAUCGCCGAUUUGGGCAGAAAUUUGGUCGAACUUUUUAGGGGGGCAUUUUCGUAAAUUUUCGACGAUAUUUUGGAAAGGCCGUUUUGCUUUGAUUUUGAAGGCUACGGAUCACGAAUUCAGCCUGAGGCUAUUAUUUAGGGAUGAAUAAAUCUAUUAAACAUCG